GCGCAGGCGCCGCGCGGGGCACGCCGGGAGCGCCGGGCUGAGGGCGGGCGGGUCCCGCCGAGACCCCGGUUCGAGGCGCGGCCCCGGCCCCGGCUGCGCCGCGAUGAACGAGGCGGUGUCGCGGCAAACGCGGGAGACCCUGGGGCGGGUGAUCCGCAAGCCGCCGCUCACUGACGCGCUGCUGAGCAAGCCGCCCUUCCGCUACCUGCACGACAUCAUCUCCGAGGUGAUCAGAGUGACAGGUUUUCUGAAAGGACUUUACACCGAUUUUGAAUUGAAGUCAGAUAACGUCAAGGAUAAGGAUUCCAAAAUCAACUUCCUUCAGAAGGCCAUCAAUGCUGUUGUGAUGGUGACAGGAGAGCCACUGUCAGUGAAACCAGCACGAGUUGUGGCUGGACAAGAGCCCGAGAAAACCAAUGAAUUCCUUCAGGCAGUUGGAAAGUGUUGCUUAAAUAAGCUGUCCAGUGAUGCUGCUGUAAAAAGGGUCUUGGCAGGGGAAAAAGCUGAUGCUAAAGGGAAACCUCCACUCUCUAAACCUCGAGAUAAAGAAAGCAGAGAGCCCAAAGCAGAAGAACAAAAAAGCCAUAGGGAUAAAGAGAGGAGAGGAGACAUUGAAAUUAAAGAUAGAAGCCCCAGUAGAGAAAGAAAACCCAAAGGAGAUUUGAAAGAGAGCAGAGAAAGAGAAAAGGAGAGGCAUAAACAGAAGAAUAAUGAAGAGAGGCACAAAGAACUUCAAAGAGACACCUCGAAGGAAGGAGAAAAACAAGAGAGGGAAAGAAGCAAAAGCAAAAUGACCAAACAAGGAAGAGAAACAGAAAAAACCAAAGGAAAAGGAGACCCAGAGAGAGGAGAUGACCUCGGGCAUGAUAAAGGACAGGAAAGAGAGAAAAGACAUGAAGGAGGAAGAGCUCUUUCCCAAGAGAGGGAAAGAAGCAAAAGCAAAAUGACCAAACAAGGAAGAGAAACAGAAAAAACCAAAGGAAAAGGAGAUCCAGAGCGAGGAGAUGACCUCGGGCAUGAUAAAGGACAGGAAAGAGAGAAAAGACAUGAAGGAGGAAAAGAAAAGGAUAGACUGAAAGGAAGAGAUAAAGAUAAGGCCAGGGACAGAGAAGGAGAGAAAGACAGAGAGAGAGGAAGGGAUCGGGGCAGAGAAAAGGAUGGGGAGCAUUUCAGGGAACAUGGAAAGGAGAAAGCAGAGAAAAAGCCCCCAGAUCCUGAAGAAUCCACGCUUAGAAAACCACAGAGGCCAACUAAAGACAGCAAGUGCCAGCCAGACACUGAGAAUGAAACUCCUGCAAGGAUAUCAAAGCAGCCUUCAGCAAAAGGAUCAAGGCAUCACUCCAAGCCUGGAGGAGAAGAAGGAGAAGCGGAGAACGUGGAUCCUGAAAAACCUGAAAAUGGGGAAGCACCUCCUGAUGUCCCACCUCAGCCUGCCCAAAGGCAGGUUCCCCGUCCUGGCAGUGUGAGGCCGGCACCUCCGCGAGUGAAACAUCGGGAGAGCACCGAGCUCUUAAUCCCAGAAAGUGGCAGCACUAAAGCAGCCCUGAAGGUGAUCAGGGAGCAGCAGGUUUCUGAUGAGGAGGACGAGCAGUUCGUGGUGGAGGCAGCAGUGCCCCUGCCAGAGAUGCCAAAGGAGCCAGAAGUGGAGCUGGUUGAAGAUCAAAAGCAUGGUGGGCUGGUGAAAAGAAUCCUAGAAACAAAGAAGGAUUAUGAGGCAUCACAGAAAUCACAGACCACAGACAAGGAGAAGCCAGUUGUCUCGGAAACAUCCAGGAAGAGGGAGAGAGACUUGGUAGCCAAAGAAAUGGAGGAGCUGCGGGUUUUCAUUCAGAGCGUGUGCCAGCAUGCCGUGAGUCUGGUCAGGAUCAUGGAGUACCUCCCGGAGGACAUUCGUGCCAUGAAGAACGAGCUGGACAUGUGGCGCCGGGAGAACAGGGAGCUCACGGAGGCUUUGCAGAGGGAGCAGAGUAUCACAGACGGCGUUCUGGCACCACUAAAAGCUGAACUGGCUGAACUGGACCAGCAGAUUGAAGACCAGCAAGACAAGAUCCGUGCUGUAAAAGCAAGGAUUUUAAGAAAUGAUGAAAAAAUCCAGGAGAUGAUUCUUAGCAUAACCUCGCCUUCAAGAAAGUGAAGAAGAGGGAAAAGAAAUGGCAAGAGCCUUGUCACUGACUGAUUGCUACCAAAAAACCAAAACCCAAAUAGCAGAUAUGCCUUGUUGAGAUAUAAAAUGUUUAGGGACCAGAACCCUAAAAGUUAUAUAAAAAAACCCAUUAUUGACUUCUAGAUGUUGAUAUUAUGCAGGUUAAAAUUAUAUUCACUUGAAUGUUCAAGUUCAGAGUUGUUCAGAAUGUUCUCAGUUGCAGAAUUAUUAAAAGAACUUGUUUGUUUAA